GGAGGAAGGGACUGGACAAACUAUGAACGAGGAGAUGACAAAAAGCGAGGAGCAGCAUUUGAGUUUGCAGAAAGCCUUGCAGCAGUGCGAGUUGGUGCAGAACAUGAUCGACAUUAGCAUUUCCAGCCUGGAGGGUUUGAGGACCAAAUGUGCCACAUCCAACGACUUGACGCAAAAAGAGAUCCGGACGCUGGAAGGGAAGCUGGUCAAGUACUUCAGCCGCCAGCUGUCCUGCAAGUGCAAAGUGGCCUUAGAGGAGCGAUGCGCCGAGCUGGAGGACUUCCCUCGCCUUGGCCACUGGUUCCGCAUCGUCAACCUGAGGAAAGAGGUCACGCAGGACAUGAGCCCGGGCGAGGUGACUCUGGAGGGUCUGCUGGACAUGAGCGAGCAACAAGUGUGCGAACUCCUUCAAAAGUUCGGCGCCAGCGAGGAGGAAUGCGCCCGACUCAACGCCUCGCUGUCCAGCCUCAGCAGGGCCCACCAGCUCGAACAACUUGAGGAGGAUAAAUUGCACAGUAAUGGAGGGAGCCAGACCAAGCAGGACUGGUCCAUCCAGUGGCCGACCUCCGAGUCAGGCAAGGAAAACACCCCCGUGUGUCAGCCGGAGGCGAGCCAGUGGAUCCGCUUCCAGCUGUCCCAAAGCCCCAAAGUCCAGUCCAAGUACAACCAGCUCAUGUGCCACAGCCCCCAGGCCCUGGCGCCCCCUUUGUACGCGGACCGACUGACCGUGGACAGCCCUUCCACGGGCCUCCUGCCCGCCUUGGACUUUGGCCAGCGCUCGCUGCCCCCGUCGCCUCGCCAGAGACAUUUUGGCCACACGCCUCCUCGGACUCCUUUGGUGUUCAACACAAUGACCCCGCCUGGCACGCCGCCCAUGCGGCGAAGGAACAAAGUGAAGGCCCCGGGAACGCCGCCGCCGCCGAGUCGCAAGCUGAUCCACCUUCUGCCGGGCUUUACCGCUCUGCACCGGAGCAAAUCACACGAGUUCCAGCUGGGAAACCGCUUGGACGACACGCAGACGCCAAAAGCCAAGAAGAAGACCAAGCCCUUGAACCUUAAGAUCCACAGCAGCGUGGGCAGCUGCGAGAACCUGCCCACGCAGCGCUCGCCCCUGCACAGCGAGCGCUCCCUGAGAUCCUUCUUCUUCCCCUCCUUCGUCCCCUCCACGCCUCCCGUGCACGCCGAAACGCCCUCUGCAAACACUCUCUCAGUGCCUCGCUGGUCCCCGCAGAUCCCCCGAAGAGAUCUGGGAAACUCCAUAAAACACAGGUUUUCCACAAAGUACUGGAUGUCACAGACGUGCACCGUGUGUGGGAAGGGAAUGUUGUUUGGACUCAAAUGUAAAAACUGCAAGCUGAAGUGCCACAACAAAUGCACCAAAGAAGCCCCGCCCUGCCAUUUACUCAUCAUACAACGAGGCGGCAGAGAGUCUUUCAAAGAUCACCAAGGAAUGACUCAAGUUGCUCGUCUGGUGCGGACCGAGUCGGUGCCGUGUGACAUCAACAACCCACUCAGGUACACCGACCUGCACAUCAGUCAGACGCUUCCCAAAACCAACAGAAUCAACAAGGACCACAUCCCGGUCCCGUACCAGCCGGACUCCAGCAGCAAUCCGUCGUCCACCACCUCCUCCACACCCUCGUCUCCGGCCCCGCCCCUGCCCAGCAGCGCCACGCCCCCGUCGCCGCUGCACCCCUCCCCGCAGUCCGCCCGGCAACAAAAACAGUUCAACUUGACAGCGUCCAGUUACUUCAAGUACAAACAGCAGUUUAUUUUUCCAGAUGUGGCUCCAGAGGUUCCGCCGAGCCGAGCGCCGCAAGUCAUCCUGCACCCCGUCCUGACGGAACCCGGCAAUCCUUUGCUUCAGAUCGAAGUGGAGCCCACGUCGGACAACGAGGACGCCAACGACGAGGAGUCCGGCGACGAGUUCGAGGAGAUGAACCUGUCGCUGCUGUCGGCGCGCAACUUCCCCCGCAAGGCCAGCCAGACCAGCAUCUUCCUGCAGGAGUGGGACAUCCCCAUCGAGCAGCUGGAGAUGGGCGAGAUGAUCGGCAAGGGCCGCUUCGGCAAGGUGUUCCACGGCCGCUGGCACGGCGAGGUGGCCGUCCGCCUCAUCGACAUCGAGCGCGACAACGAGGACCAGCUGAAGGCCUUCAAGCGCGAGGUGAUGGCCUACCGCAACACCCGCCACGAGAACGUGGUCCUCUUCAUGGGGGCCUGCAUGAGCCCGCCGCACCUGGCCAUCAUCACCAGUUUGUGUAAAGGAAGGACGCUGUAUUCCGUGGUGAGGGACGCCAAGGUUGUCCUGGAUGUCAACAAGACUCGGCAGAUUGCACAAGAGAUGGUCAAGGGGAUGGGCUACCUCCACGCUAAAGGCAUCCUACACAAGGACAUGAAGUCCAAGAAUGUCUUUUACGACAACGGCAAAGUGGUCAUCACCGAUUUCGGACUCUUCACCAUCUCUGGGGUUCUACAAGCCGGCAGUCGCAGAGAAGACAAACUGAGGAUCCCAAACGGCUGGUUGUGUCACUUGGCUCCAGAGAUCAUCCAGCAGCUCUCUCCGGACACCGAGGAGGACAAGCUUCCCUUCUCCAAGCAGUCCGACGUCUUCGCCUUUGGGACCAUCUGGUACGAGUUACACGCACGUGAGUGGCCUUACAAGAGUCAGCCCGCUGAGGUGAUGGUGUGGCAGAUUGGCAGCGGCAUGAAGCCCAACCUGGCGCACAGCGGCAUGGGCAAGGAGAUCCUGGACAUUCUGCUGCUGUGCUGGGCCUUCCAGCAGGAGGAGCGGCCCACCUUCUCCAAGCUGGUGGACUUGCUGGAGAAGUUGCCAAAACGCAACCGCCGCCUUUCCCACCCGGGACACUUCUGGAAGUCAGCUGAGUAUGUCAAAUGAGUUGAGGGACACGCCCACCUUCACCCAAAAUAAGACGUUAAUUGUACGUUUAACAAAAAAAAAAGCAGACACCUCCAGUGUGUCCCCGUCAUGGAAUGUUGGCAUGUUGGUGUGUGUCCACAUUCACAAUUCUUCUUGUUCCCCCCUAGUGAGAAUUUUGCAUUUGAAAAAACAACAACAAAAAAUCCCGUCCAUGUCUUUUUGUUUUUUAUUUUAUUUUUUAUUUUUUUUAUUGGAUGGAUUAACUGUUGUACAGUUCCUCGUUUCUUUUCAGAACAUUGUCCAGUCCUUUCUUUCUUAUGUCUUUCAAUCCUGUAAAAAUUGUUUUUGUUGUUUCUUUUUGUGGUUUUUUUUAGGGAUGUGCCGCUAAGAUUCUUCCUAUUAUCACUUAUUAGCAUCGCGGAUAAUUAUUUCACUUACAAGUCUUUUAUUUUGUCAAAAGGCGACCAAUUCACAGGAGGAUCGGGCUUCUUUUCUUUUGACUUGCUAACAAUGCUAACGUUAGCUAGCAUCCACAAAAAUGAAUAAUUGAUGGAUUGAUUGAGACUUUUAUUAGUAGAUUGCGUAGUACAGUACAUAUUCCGUACAA